CCAGAACAUCUUAUAGGAGCAAUUAGUGUUAAGUGCUUUGCUCAAGGGCACAUCGACAGAUUUUUAACCUAGACGGCUCAGGGAUUUGAACCAGCAAGCUUUCAGUUACUGGCCCAACACUCUUAAACACUAGGCGACCUGCUGCCACUUAGCGUCAUUAUACAAACAAACAUGACAGUAGCUAGGUAUCCAUCCAAUUGCCAACAGAUUUUCGUUCAAAUACUCUGAAAUCCGCAUGAAGAAAAUGCGAAUUUCCCCACCAGUCGUGUGUUUCAAAAUAAGUGAAUUCAUCAGUUAUUCUGCGCUCUGUCACACUCAGAGAGAGUGCUCUGAAAUCGGAGAAGGUAGCCAGAGAUACAUUUGCCAACGACAGAGAUAUGCUAACAGUCGUUCAAAAUCUUGCUAGCUAACCAAGUGACACCCGCAUCUCUAGCUGUGUUGACAACCGAAAAAUGAUAUGAGGGGGGGAAAAGUAAAUAAUUCACCUCAUCCAAUGACGUCAGCCUACUAGCGGCUACGGAGCUAGUUAUCUAGCUAACGUUAGGCUCCGUGCUUUUAGCUUGCCACAUAAAUAGAUGCGCUAGCCUAUGAGCCACGUUAUGACUGACUUGUGAUCAUUGCCCUUGCUAGGUUGAGUGUAAUGACAUUCCCAGCCUUAUUUACAUUUGUCUGUUUUUGUCAUUGAAACUGAAACGGUGAAUCCCGAAAUAAGGCAUCAAACAAUGUACCAGGCCAGAUGUGAUUUACAACCUGAUAGCAAUAUUUUUUGGACUACCAAGGAAUGUAUUGGUGAAAUAUAUUAAUCAUGCAUUGAACUGCAUUCAUGUAUUUUACCAAUAAUGCAUUAGUGUACGUCAUGGAACGUCGCGUCAAAUAGAACCUAAUUUUAAAACCUCUUAUAAAGUUGGUUUGGUUGCAUAAACUGGGAAUGUGAUAUUUUUGACUGAUAUUAUGAUUGCCUCUUUGUUUCACAUCUGAAAAGUAGUUCAAACUCUGUCAGUUCCACUUUAACACAUUUGCCACCAGAAAUGUGUUAAUUUGCUGUUUUCAACAUCCACUGAAGUAGAUGCAAGAUAACAAGAUAGCUACAGUAGUUGCUAUGGUAACCAAACAAACACAUUUGCUAGUUUAGCUAACCAAACCCUCAGUCAUAGCUUGCUAUUAUGAAAAUCGAAUUCAACAAUUGCAAUACUGUUUUCAAAAGCAGCUCAAAGAAAUUUUCUAAAAAUAAACUAUAGCCAUGGAAUUUUCCAGUGCAAAUAUAUCGUGCCUUAUAGGGAAGUAAUGCACGCUCUAGAAUGCCCUUCAAGACAAUCAGAAAGGAGUAUUAAAAAAUGCCAUGGUAUAAAUCUACAAUACACUAUCAACAUGCUGUGUGCAACUAGGCAGUUAAGCUCAUGUGAACAAGCAGCAACAGCAACUAUAACACAUGUAGGUUCAAAAACAACAAUAAAACGUUAACAGCCUAUGACAUCACAGAGUCAAAGGGACCCCAAAUUUACUACCAUGUUGCCUCAAGUUCAACCCUCCUCCUUCUCAGUUACCGUGGAAACCGUGGAGUUACAGUAAGAUGCUCGAGGGAGAGUGGAAAGGAACAAGAAUUCUGGGAGAUCAUCCAGCUUGACCAAACCAGUUUUCUGUUUUGUUAUGUUUUGGCCUCAAAGGCUUCUACUGCAGUGGUGGUUCAUUUCAGUUUUCACACCUCUUAAACACACAUAGCUGUUGGAGAAAAGGAAAUACAUACAGUGCCUCUCAGCAAAAUGUCAAAGAAUACGCACACAUGCAUGCACACACCUUAAUCUAUAGGAUGGGUGUCCCUAUACCGGGACGGUUGAGCUAACGUGCACUAAUGUGAUUAGCAUGACAGCUUUAAGUAACAGCAAACUUUCCAGGACAUAGACAUAGAAAGCUUAAAUUUGUGUUAAUCUAACUGCACUGUCCAAUUUACAGUAGCUAUUACAGUGAAAUAAUACCAUGCUAUUGUUUGAGGAGAGUCCACAACAACAAAAAACUUUUAUCACGGCAACUGGUUUGAUACAUUCACCUCUGAAGGUAAAUAAUGUAAGCACAAGGACUAUAGACAGCAGGUGCGAUGGGGCAAUGGUGUGUGUGUGAACAUUUUGUGAAUACGCGGCCAUGGAAUGCUGGCAGCUACAGAACCAAAUUUGGAAUUCUGAUGUGUCAGAUCUGUGUUUAUGUGUCACCUCUCUCUGACAGGAGAGAGAGAGAGAGGAAGGGAGAGAAAGAGGAAGUGAGAGAGAACUACAUGGGAAGAGCGGGGAUGGACGAGUAGACACAGAGACAGGGAAAACACUGAAAGACUGAGCUAUUACUAUUCCAGCAACUCUCAAGCAACUCAAGAGCUACAUCAAGCUAAUCUUCAUCAAGUUCGUCUACAUCUUUCAACACUUCAACUUCAAGGAUGCUGUGUCUGUACGUGUGCUUCCUCCUCAGCCUCUCUGGAGCGGCCCUCUCUAACCUCCAGGAGAAACAGACAGACUUUGGGAUGCGGGUCUUCUCUCAUGUGGCCCAGACCUCCAGAGGCUCUAACUUGGCCUUCUCACCCUACGGCGUGGCCACCAUCCUGGGCAUGGCUCAGCUGGGCGCUGGGGGCAACACCUGGAAGACACUCAACGCCAAAUUGGGCUUCUCUCUACAAGAGCGAGGGAUGUCACGUCAGCAGCGUCUGCUACAGCAGAACCUCUCCAGUGAGGAGGGAGUGGAGCUGGCCAGUGGCAUCAUGGUAGAGAAGAAGAUGGCUCUGGAGAAAGGCUUCAGGAGGGGGCUGGAGAAAGCCUUCCAGGCCUCCCCUCACCAAUUGGACUUCUCCAGGCCAGACCAGGCCCUGGAAUUCAUCAAUGCCUGGGUCUCUGACCACACCGCAGGUACCAUCCCUUCAUUCCUGUCGUCCGGUGCUCUGACCGACGAGACUCGCAUGGUCCUACUGAACGCUCUGCACUUCCAGGGGUUAUGGAAGGUGCCCUUUGACCCCAAGAUGACGGAGGAGAGGCUGUUCCAUUGUGCCAAUGGCAGCUCUGUGCCCGUACCUAUGAUGAGGCUCACACACCGCUUCAACUAUGGUGAGUUUGUGACCCCCGACGGUGUGGACUAUGAUGUCAUCGAGGUUCCGUACGAGGGAGAGUCCCUGAGCAUGCUGCUGGUCACCCCCUUCGAGUCCGAGAGGCCAGUGAGCGUGCUCAGUAGCGAGCUGACCACCAGACGCCUGCAACAGUGGAGAGAGGAGCUGAGGAGCGUCAAGCGUCAACUGGCUCUGCCCAAGUUUACCCUGGACACUGAGGUGGAUCUGAAGUCUACACUGAUCAGCAUGGGGUUGGGGGACAUGUUCAACCUGGCCAAAGCAGACUUCACUCGCAUCACCACUGAGGAAAGGCUGUGUGUGUCCAAGGUUCUGCAGAAAGUCAAGAUUGAGGUGAACGAAAAGGGAACCAAGGGAUCAGCUGCCACGGCUGCCAUUAUGUUCUCUCGUAUGGCUAUAGAGGAGAUCACCCUGGACAGGCCCUUCCUUUUCCUCAUCCAACACAAGUCCACAGGUGCUGUACUGUUCAUGGGUCAAGUCAACCAACCCUAGCAACACUAACAGACCAAUAUACCAGAGAGGAAGAAGCGAAGCGAGAGGAAUAACUGCCCAAAAUCUGUCUUCUCCAGCGAGGAUUUUUUGUAUAGAGGUCAAUGAGAGUGUCAAAUUUGGUGAACAAAAAAAUGAAUGGCUUAUCUUCUACAUGUGGCUUAUUUGAUCUAAUACAUGUUUCUUGAUGCUUAGGUUGUUACGAGUGUAUUGAUAUAAAUAUGUCAGACGACAUCCCGGUAACUUUGAGAAAAAACACUUUAUAUCGGAGUUGUGACUGUUUUUCACACGCAUAUCUGCCCUCCCAUUGGCUAGCUAGAAUGGUCCCACCUGAUCUUGCCUCCUCCUGACUGCCUUCCAUUUUUGAAGAGUAUCUGUUCAAUAUAAUGGAUUAUCUGUGCUGAUAUACAACAACCAUGAACAUUCCUUUCAUUCCAUUGACAGGGACACCUGUCAAUCAACUUGCUACUGAAACUGACCAUAGUUAAAUCUAUGACCUGGACAAUAACUGUAACUUAAAUUAUCCUUAAUCUGUAUAUUACCAAAUUGGCAAAAUGCAUAUAUUUUGAUAAUUGAAAGUUUAUAUAUCUAUUAUUUGCACUGAUGGGAUAUGUUGUUUUUUUUAAAUUUGUGAGAAAUGGGUAUGGUUGUUAAUUGCUGAUAUUGAUAUGAAGGGAAAAUUAUUGAAUGGGUAAGAAAUAUUCUUAUUUUGCUGUUGAAUUUUAUUGUCUGUAAUGCUCUGUUUGUCGCGACAAGUCUUAUUUUUGCAGUAUUUAUAUAUUUAUUAAAAUGAAAACCUUUUUAAAAACCUUA